AUGACGGAUCACACCAACGUAGGCUCUGAAGUGGAUCCCGAAGGUGAACCAACAGAGUCGAAAGUGGAUUACGUCGAAAAAUUACUCAAGGGUGGAGACUCGGAAAUUGAUUUCUUCAAACUGAUCGAAAAAUUACUCAAGGACGGAGACUCGGAAAUGAUCUGCGUUGUUGAAGACUACAUUCUGAGUCCGGAUCGCCCCCCCCGGAUAAGUGAGGUUCUUGCCCUAGCAGAUAUCAUCGCCAUACCCGGAAAUGGGUUCGGUAUCGCAGUCUUUGCCUGUGUGAUCGAUUGGUUGCUACGGAUAUUCCUCGACUUUAUCGCAAACUAUGACGUUGGCGACAGAGUUUUGGCGCGCGUGAUCGAGUUGGAAAGAAGAGUUUACGAGGAUCCUCUGAUCUUAACGGAACCGUCCACGCCGGAGCUUGCGAGAGAGGGGGUUUCCACUUUCCGAGCUUGAGGCUAUGAAAAUUUAGACAAUACAUCAAAUAGGCCUCCCCAGAUCCCAAUAUUGAAUACUCUCAAUGGUACAAUGGAUAUAAUUGCAGAUAAUGUCAACAACGCGUAUCAUUGGAAUCACGUACAGGUGGCGACGUGGUGUCUAUUUUAUUCACUCAAAAAUGUAUUUACUUCAGGUAUUCAGAUGUGCAGAUAUACAUACGAACUAAACAAUGUCG